CCCAGCCACCAGACCGAUUGGUAUAGAAGAUGCUAAGACAAACAGGCUCCCCGUUUCUACCUAUCAGGGACCAGCAGGUGUCCCGGGCUCCGAAGGUUUAUACCGGUCCCGAAAGAGUUAAGUCAUCGGGCCUUCUCUCUGCUGGUUGAGAGCGGAUUAGGAUUUCCUGGGACUGCCCAGCUAUCACUAUGGUUUAUUUUCUCUCUGUGUGUGCAUGUAUACGCUUUCCCCUUUCCUCCCCCUUUGUAGUUUCCUAGGUUAUCCUUCUUUCUUCCUCUCUCCUGCCUCCCCCCCCACAACCUCCAGCCUGGGCCCUCUUUCUUUCUUCCUGUCUCGCCUUCCUGUGGCGAAGGAGGCUCAUCCAUUAUAAAUGCACAUACUGUACUGACAUCACCGCCGCUGCCAGAGCGAGCCCCGAGGAUAGCUUAAUCAGAUUCCGAGGGGUGGUCCCUUCCCCCUCCCCUUUUCCUCCUCCCCCGCGUUCCCUCCUCCCCCUCCCCCAUCUUCCUCCCUCCCUCCUUCUCUCGCUCGGCUCCCCUCCACUCUGUUCUGCGCUCUGCGCUCUGUCCGUAGCCGCUGACGCCGCGGCGGAGCCCUCUGCGGGGUAGAUAUCGCUGCAGCUCUGCGCUCCCCCUCGCUCCGCUCGCUUUCUCACUCGGGCCAACCUCGCGCAUCCGCGAGAGCGGAGGAGACAGGAGGGGGCGGAAAUCCAAAGCGAGCAGGAGCGCGCCAGGAGAAGUGGGCUGCCCGCCCCCCAUCCCGCCACCCCCUCCCUCUCAGCCACCCUUGGGCUUCGGGAAACCUUGACGACUUCCCCCAGACUUUCUGCAUGACUGUCACAAAGAUGUCCUGGCGCCCGCAAUACCGAAGCUCAAAGUUCCGGAAUGUCUACGGGAAGGUGGCCAACCGAGAGCACUGCUUUGACGGCAUCCCCAUCACCAAGAAUGUGCAUGACAACCACUUCUGUGCUGUCAACGCCAGGUUCCUUGCCAUUGUUACAGAGAGUGCAGGAGGUGGAUCCUUUCUUGUAAUCCCCCUGGAGCAGACAGGUCGAAUUGAGCCCAACUAUCCCAAAGUUUGUGGUCACCAGGGCAACGUGCUUGACAUCAAAUGGAACCCCUUCAUUGACAACAUCAUUGCAUCCUGCUCAGAGGACACAUCAGUACGAAUAUGGGAGAUCCCUGAGGGUGGCUUAAAGCGGAACAUGACAGAGGCGAUCCUAGAACUUUAUGGACAUAGCCGGAGAGUGGGGCUUGUGGAGUGGCAUCCGACCACUAACAACAUCCUGUUCAGUGCUGGCUAUGACUACAAGGUUCUCAUCUGGAACCUGGAUAUUGGGGAGCCGGUGAAAAUGAUUGACUGCCACACAGAUGUGAUCCUCUGCAUGUCCUUCAACACAGAUGGCAGCCUGCUAUCCACCACCUGCAAGGACAAGAAGCUGAGGGUGAUUGAGCCCCGUUCUGGCCGAGUGCUCCAGGAAGCCAGUUGUAAGAACCACAGAGUAAAUCGGGUGGUAUUCCUUGGCAACAUGAAGCGGCUCCUCACCACAGGCGUUUCCAGGUGGAACACCAGGCAAAUUGCCCUCUGGGACCAGGAAGAUCUAGCUAUGCCUCUAAUCGAAGAAGAGAUAGAUGGUCUUUCUGGACUCCUGUUUCCCUUCUACGAUGCUGAUACACACAUGCUGUAUUUGGCAGGAAAGGGAGAUGGAAAUAUCAGAUACUACGAGAUUGGAUCAGAGAAGCCAUAUCUAAGUUACCUCAUGGAGUUCCGCUCCCCAGCCCCACAGAAAGGUCUCGGGGUGAUGCCCAAGCAUGGUCUGGAUGUGUCAGCUUGUGAAGUAUUCCGGUUCUACAAGCUAGUGACCCUGAAAGGCUUGAUUGAGCCCAUCUCCAUGAUUGUGCCUCGGAGGUCAGAAUCUUAUCAGGAAGACAUUUACCCCAUGACCCCAGGAACGGAGCCAGCUUUGACCCCUGAUGAAUGGCUGGGAGGCAUCAAUCGAGAUCCAGUGCUGAUGUCUUUAAAAGAAGGCUAUAAGAAAUCUCCCAAAGUGGUGUUUAAGGCCCCAGUCAAAGAAAAGAAGAGUGUUGUGGUCAAUGGAAUAGAUUUAUUAGAAAAUGUCCCACCCAGGACAGAAAACGAGCUCCUCCGAAUGUUCUUCCGACAGCAGGACGAGAUUCGGCGAUUGAAAGAGGAGCUCUCCCAGAAAGACAUCCGCAUUCGGCAGCUGCAGCUGGAACUCAAAAACUUACGGAACAACCCCAAGAACAAUUAGCUCCCCAAAGGCUCAUUUUCUAAAUAAACUCUCUGUUUAUAUUUGCUCUUUAAUUUUCCUCCCAUUCACUCUCUCCUCUACCCAUCCCCCAACCUUCUUCCCCAUCCCCAUCCCCACCCCCACCCCCAAGAUAAGCCAGUGCUUGAGCAGCUUGCCAACGGGCUGCGCUCACCGAUAACUGGAAUUAUGUGCUUUGGUCCCUUUAUCUCACACUAAAAAGAGGCAACAGAUGACCCUGUCGGACUGACCAGUGCUGCUGUAACUGAAAACUACUGUCCUUGGAGAGGGCUGGCUCUGGAUUUUUACCCCUACGGUUUUCUUGGAGGAACUAGUGGGUAGCCUCUCUUCUGAUGGAUCAUCAGAUUAUAGAUCUCACCAAGAAGAGCUACAUAAAGCUGGCCGGAAGACCACCUGGAGAAGCUGGGGGAAGCCAGGCUGACCGCGGUUAACUUUUCCCAUGCAGAGGGCGGCAGCGGGAAUACACAGCUCUCAAUAGCUGGAGCUCAAAGCCACUUGCUUGUAGAUGCCAUAAAGUAAGGGCUUAAUUCGCUGAUGUUAUUCGAAAAAUUCCCUUUUCCUCCUCUUCUUCCACCUCCCUCCUCUCAUCUUUCAAAACAGCCCCUAUAAACCUCAGUUCUUAACUUGGAAGAGCCAGGUUUUCUUUUUUCCCCUUUUCCACCAAAAAACAACCUCUGUGUCUUUAAAACCAAAUCAAACACCUAGUGAAAUAACCAUCCCUUGUAUUGGCAUAGCGCAUUUAUACUUUUCAAAGCACUUAAACAUAAAUGAUUUCAUUUGACUUUCACAAUAAUUCUGUGUAGCAGAGCGGGGAAUAUUAUUCCUAUUUUACAAAUGAGGAAACCAAGGCGUGAAGUAAAGUGACUCAUUCCAAAUCACCCAGAUAAUGGCACAGCAUGAACUUGAAGUCAGGUCUCCUAAUGCAGGCAGGGUUUUUCUCAUAGUCAUGAUAUCAUUAUCAGUGGGGCUUAUCAUGUCCAAGUCACCCUGGGAAAUUUUGACAUUAGGGAAAUCCUUUUACACUCUCAGCAUAAAUUGUGCCAAUUGUCUUAUAAAGACCUGGACUGAGCCUUUUCAAGCAGUGAGGCACUUCUCCUCUUCCUUGGGUCUUCUCUGGUCUCCUCCUCCCAAGAACUCAGGCUGAUACGAUGCCCUCUUCUCUGUGAGGCAUGAGACUACAAUGGCCAGAAUUUGGACCCCUAAGGAAGACAAAACAAGCCUUCUUUUCUUCUUUCUUUCUUCUUCUUCUUCUCCUUCUCCUUCUCCUUCUUCUCUUCUUCCUCCUCCUCCUCUUCCUCUUCUUUUCUCUCUUCUCCCUCUCUCUCCCUCCCUUCUUCCCCUCCUCUCUGUCCCUUUUUCUCUAUAUAUCUCUCUCUCCCUCUUUCUUCUUUCUUUCUCCUUCCCUAUUUUCUGCCCCUCUUUCUCCUCUCUCCUCUCUGCCUCUCUCCCUCUUCCCUCAUUCUCUGUCUCUCUCUCUCCUUCCUUCUCUCUCCUUUUUCUCCCUUUCUUACUCCCCUUCCUUUCCCCUUCUCUGCCACUCCCUCCCUAUUCCUCUCUCUUUCCCUCCUCUUCUCUCCUUUCCCUCCUCUUCUCUCCUUUCUCUCUUCUUCCCUCCCUGUCUCUCCCCACUCUCAUAUACAUAUACUAGCCAAAUGCUAUUCCACUCUGGUUCUUCUGCACACAUCUUUUUCCCUGUGGUAACAACUGGGCCAAACACAUCUAUUUAUGUUUGUGAUGACUAGAUGGCAAGGCCAGGCAAGCUAUAAAGCCCAACAGCUGGGUUUAUCACUGUUAACUUUUCCAGUGUUAUGUGCCACAGCCAAGUAGCUACACAAACCCACCACAUGGGAGCUAAGUCCACAUGAGCCACUGGCUACUGUGGACUUCUAACCCAUUCCCUUGCUUUCUCCCACUGCUAUGUAGGGCCUUUUACAUGACUAUCUAGCACUAGCUGGAUGAAAGUAUUUCUCUGUCCACUCACACCUUUUGCUUUCUUUCCCAUCUCCUUACUUGAACUGUGUUGUCUCCUGUGAUUAUUUAUGCCGCCACAUGAGGAUAGUAUUGAAAUAAAACGUUUUCAAGAUAUCAAAAA